CUGCUCAGCCUCUCAGCAGCCUGAACACAAAGCAGAGAGAAAGAACGAGGACCAUCAAUGAAACAGAAAGAAGCUUGAACAAACAGGUCACUGGUGGAGCUGAGUCUAAGUGAUGGAGCUGAAGGUGUGGGUGGAGGGUGUGGUCAGAGUAGUGUGCGGCCUGUCACUGAACACUUCCUGUCAGGAUGUUGUCAUUGCUCUGGCACAAGCAAUGGGUCAGACAGGUCGCUACAUUCUUAUCUUGAAAAGACGUGAGACAGAGAAACAGCUUGUUGCUGAUGACUGUCCUCUGCAGCAUCUGGCUCAGCUGGGACAGCUGGCUGCAGAGGUCCAGUUCAUACUGCGGUGGAAAGGUCCCAGUCACAGUGAUGGUCAAGACCGACCAACUAGAGAAAGACUUCCUUUGCCUAGACCGGCGCCAGAAAGCCUCAAACACAGGGUGCCACAAAAGUCUCUCACCUUCAAUCUGGGUGCCUCAACAUUUCCAAGGAGGACUAAAUCAAAGAGAGUCAGGUCACCAUCACCCAGAGCUUCACCAGAGCCACGGGCUUCCCCUGUCUCUUUCCUAGACCCUCCCAACUCUGUGAAUGUGAUUCCUUCUUACUCCUUUAAAGAGGAGGUGUUUAGGCAGGUUCUGCAAAAACAGAAGAUACUACAAGAUCUGGAGAUUCAGCUUGAAGCUCUGGAAAGAGAGACAGAAGUGUGGGAGCGGGAGCGGUCAUCUGCUGUGGUUCCUGGUAUGACACUUGACCUUACAGAUUUACUGGAGGAACUGGAGCAGCAACAAAGACUGAACGAGGAAGAGCUGUUGCAUGAACAGCGUUGGGAGGAUGAUUUACAGGAAGAGAUUGGCAGAGAACAAGAUAUGCACAGACGUCUACAUCAGAUACAGUCAUCAGUGGAUGAUCACAGUUAUCAGAUCAAAGAGCUUGAAGUCCAUUCUGUGCAUCUAGAACAGGACAUGCAACUCACAGCCCACAGAGAAAGCCCACAGGUGGGCGCUCCACAACUGGAGGAGACCCUGAGACCUCUGAAGCAAGAACUCCACUACCGCCUACAGCAGACAGAAGAGCUGGAUGCAUCAUUGUCAAGCACGGAGAGAGAGCUACAAACUGUGGAAGAAAGCUUACAGGACAGAUGGAAAUUGAUUGAAGUCCUAAAUAAGGAGCUGCGACAGUGUAAGUUGCAACAGUUCAUCCAGCAGACGGGCGUCGCUCCACCAACAGACCAGACAAACUCUGAAGUUUAUCUCAUCAAUGCUGGAAUUAUGGAGUAACAGAAGUUAAGGAACUGUUUGCUGUGAGUCAUCAGGGUGCUAAAAAUGAUUAUUACAGUAAGGAUUAUUGUAGAAGUCAUUCGCAAAAUCUUAACAGUGAUGUCACAACAACUGCCCUCUCAUUUUUCAUCAAAUAUAUGCAGAAAAUCAUUAGAAGUAAAAUGUACACAGAUAUUAGAAAUGACAGUAAGAAGAGAAGGGAAUUUUCAUGAUUUCAUGAAGGAAAAUGUGCAGGAUAGAAGAAAAAAAGAAAGAAGGGACAUGGAAGUAAAGUAAGAAGUAAUAUAAGUGUGUGUGUGUGUGUGUGUGUGUGUGUGUGUGUGUGUGUGUGUGUGUGUGUGUGUGUGUCUGAUAAGCUAAUUACAGCCUGAGUAAAAAAUGAUAAUGUAUUUUAAUUGAAAUACAACAGAUGCCAUUGAUGAAAAUUAAUGUAUUUUACUU